AUGGAAAAUAAAGCAAAGAGAAGAUUAAGCAUAGUGCAAAAAUUUGAAUCGCCUAAAAAAAUAAGGUUAAGCGAAAAUUUAAAUGACAGUAUUUAUAGCGAAAAGAAUUUAAAUGAUCAAGACUCACAUAUUUUAGAUAUAGAAGAUAUAGAUUUAAAUGCAAUGUCUGAAGAUGAUUAUAGACAAUCAAAAGAAUUAUUCGAAAUUUUUGACUUUGAUACUGAUGGGUUAAUAUCAAAAAAUGAUUUAGAAAUUGUAUUAAAUGGUUUGGGUGAAGAGAAUUCACCAGAAUUUGUAAAUUUAAUGUUUAGUGAAAUUAAUAAUGAUACAAAAAAUCAUGAUUUCUUUAAAAUUCAAGAUGGAAAGCAUAUUACAUAUAGCCAAUUUUGUAUUAAAUAUAUGAAUAUUAAAUAUUUAGAUAUUGAACAACACUUAAAAAGUAGUUUUGAUAUUUUUGAAGAAAAUAAUUCCGAAGGUAAUCAAGGUUUUAUAAAAAUUGAAGAAUUGGGUCAAUUAUUAUCAAAAUUAGCAGGUGAUAAUUUAUCACAAGAGGAUAUCUCAUCAUUAGUUAAAGAAUGUAUAGAUAUAGAAAAUAAAGAAUUAAUGAAAACUGAUGAAGAGGAAGAGACCGAAAAGAUAAAGUUUGAAACAUUUUUAACAGUAAUGAUGAAAAAAUUUAAAAAAAAUAUUUUACAAAGACAACCAUCUGGUUUAAUUUCAAAAUCAUCAAUACCAACAUUAAGAAGACAAAACAGUAACAAUAAUAGUAGUGAUAAUAAUAGCAUCGAGGAAUUUAAUAAAUUAAAAUCACUAGAAAAUGAAAAUAGCACUCUAUCAAUUAAAAUUAAAGAAUUAGAAAAAUCAUUAGAAAUUGAAAAGAGGGCUCUAGAGAAAAAGUUAAUCGAACAACAAGAUCAAAUUCAAAUUCAAAAAGAAGAAAAAGAAAAGCUUUUAGAAAUAAACCAAAGGAUUGAACAGGAGAAGCAUCAAAUUCAAUUGGAGAAGCAGGUGAUUGAAAAAGAAAAACAGUUUAUUAUUGAUGAGGACAGGAAAUUAAAGCAACAAAGAGAAAGAGAGAUUAUUGAAAAAGAAAAGAAAUUAAAGCAUCUACAAGACGAACAUAAGGAUCAAACUGAAACACAAAAUAGGUUAAUUAACGAGGGAUUCAAAGAGAAACAGGAUCUAUCCAACAAAAUUCAGUCACUGAAUGAAGUUAUAUUCAACUGA